AUGGCUCCUCCUUCUAAACGAAUGUCCGUGACGUUUCGUCCCUACCUCAAAGAUGUCAAACAUAUCACCGACCACAACGCUGAUCCUGCCCAGAUCCAUAUAGAAAACUUCAUAGGCUAUACGCGGGUCCCUGUCGGACUGGCAGGACCCCUGGACAUUCGCACCCCUCACGGUGAGACCCAAAGCAUAUGCGCUCCCAUGGCCACGACGGAGGCAGCCCUGGUCGCCAGCUGCAGUCGGGGCUGCAAAGCGCUGAACGCCAGUGGCGGGGUCGAAUACAUCGUCGGCCGCGAGCGCAUGUCGCGGGGCCCUGCGUUCCAAUGUGCCAGUCCUCACCACGCCCACGAAUUCAUCCAGAUCCUGACCUCCGUGCAAAACACCCUCUGCGAGAUGGCCGAAUCCACCAGCAACCACCUGAAGCUGGUGAGCCUCACCCCGCACCUGAUCGGGUGCUACGCCCACGUGAUGUUCUACUACACCUGCGGCGACGCGGCGGGACAGAACAUGGUCACCAUCGCGACGCAGCGGUGUUGCGCCUGGCUGAUGGAGACGUAUGCGGCGCAGUACCAGAUCAAGCGCGUCUCGUUGGACGGACAGAUGGCCUCGGAGAAGAAGCCCUCGUGGGGCAACGUGCAGACCCCGCGGGGCGUCGAGGUGACGGCGUGGGCCCGCCUGUCGGACGCGGCCUGCCGCGACGAUGCCUGUAUCCGGAACGGGAGCCACGGCAACAACAUCGACGCGGCCAACGUGGUGACGGCUAUUUUCGUCGCAACCGGUCAGGAUAUCGCCUGCGCUGUGGAUUCUUCGUGGAGUCACUUGAGUAUGCUCUACGACCAGGAUACCAAGGACCUGACCGUGAGCUUGUACUUCCCCACUCUAGCCGUGGGGAUCCACGGGGGCGGCACCUCAUACGAGACGCAACGGGAAGGGUUGCAAAUUAUGCAAUGUUCUGGGUCGGGACUGAAGGGGCAGUUUGCGGGAUUCAUAGCAUCCUUUGCAUUGGGGUUGGAGCUGAGCACUGCUGCGGCUUUCUCCAACAACACGUUUGCGCGUGCCCAUGAAAAAAUGCGCACGGGUGCGUCGGCUAAAUUGUGA